AUGUUGUUCAUCAUUAAAAACUUUUUAUAUUAAAAUAAAAAUAAUUUUAAUAAAAUAGAAUGCUUCAAAAUUUUAUUAAGUUUUAAUCAUCCAUAGGUAAAGCUUAUUAGUAAUAAACAAGAAAACCGGGAUAAACUACUUAAAUUCUUAUAAAAUUGGCAAUUAUUACAAAGUUAUAGACUCAUAGGGUACAAUAAUGAAGAAUCAGAAAUGAAAUUCUCUAUAUAUUGUACUUAAUAUGUUUAACUCUAUAUAGAACAAUUAUACAUUUGCAGAAGAUUAUUCCGAUUAGGAAAGAGCCUUUAAACUAUACUAAACAUUUUUGAAAAAAAAAACUUAUAAAGUCCAAAAAAGGCAUAUAAUAAAAUUCCUCAUGCUGUCAAUUAAAUGACUACUUAUUCAGUGUAUAUAUUUUAUUUCUUCUUUCAUUUGAUUGAAAAUAUCAUGGUCAUUCAUUAAUUGGGAUUUUUUGAGAAAAAAUUUAAUCAUAAAUUGUUAAAAAUAACAUCACACACAUUCUGGGCUUUAGGCUUACUAACUUAACUUAUCUAUUAUUUGAAUAGACUUAGAUCAGCAUUUCGAAGAGAGUUAGAAUUGAAAUCUUAAAUCUAAAAUGGAAUGACCAAUGGAGAUUUUCUUGAGUAAUUGAAGUCCUUCUCUAAAGAAAGAUAUUAAUAUGGAUUGUUGAUUUUAAGAAUCAUUGGUGAUCUAGCUUGCGCUAUGUAGAAAGCUUAAAUUCCUGAAAAAAUUUUACAUACUAGAUUUAAUAGAGGUCUAGUUGCAUGUGGAGGAAUGUUGAGCUCAAUAAUCUAGAUUUAUUUAUAGGCAUCUAAAAUCAAUAAAAAAUAGAAUGUCAUUGAAGUAUGA